UCAUAGCCCCGCCCAUGCAGAACGGCGUGCUGUGGUGCUCGUUGAGCAUCAGGCCGUCAAAACCCAUCUCCUCGGCGUAGAUUUUCUCGUCGAGAUAGCGGUUGUAGAGGUGCGCCCCCAACUGGGCAUCGUAGAUAUCGUUGCUGACGUCCAGGUCCAUGAUCGGUUUUCCGGUGGCCCCGAAAUACCCGGAUUUGGGAUCCUGGUACGGCCGUUCGGUGAAGUAUCCAAUGAACAUAUCGCUUCUCCUUCCGCUUCCGGCUACUGGGGAAUCACCAACUGAGGUGCGUUUAAGACGACAGGAAUCCCUUGACCAAAGCCACGAAUUCGUCGGUUUUUUCCAGUUCGGGGUGGUGACCGCAAUUUUCGAGCACGCUCACACGGGAACCCGGAAUCGAAUCGUGAUACACCUGGCUGGCGCUGAUGGG